AUGACUUUGCGAGCGACGACCAUCCGAGUGCUGGACGUUCUCAGACAACCAUUGGUGGUAGUGGUGGUGCAACGAGCGUAUUCUGUGGCACCCAUAGUAUCGGGCACACUUCCUAUUCUGGCCCACUAUCAUACUCAUAGUUCCGAUUCUCAUACAAAAAGUAACUCCAACAGCUCGGUAUUAAGACCCAAGGCCAUAAAACAACGUCCAUUACCUACAGAGACACUGCAUACUCCUGAAUUAUUGGUUCAAACAUCUGUUCCCUUAUCAUUCAUUUCUGAGAUGCCAUCUAUUGAACCCCCAAAGGGUUCUGGAGCUUCAGAGUGUUUUGGUGUUACUUUGAAAGGUAAUAAGUGUAAGAAUAAAACUUCAAAAGGUUCUCAAUAUUGCUGGAGACAUCAAGCUGAACAAGAAUUUAAACCUCCGCAUCGGCCUCAGCAACCAACUGUGGCUGCAAGUACUCCUAUCGGAGUUAGCAAACCAGCGAAUCAGCAUCACUAUCAUACCAUUGCAUCCACAGCAAGUGUGGCACCGGCACCUAGUCUGAACCAUUUAGGAUGGUGGAGAGUUCAUCAACUUCAUCAUCAGUAUGAAUCCACAGUAUCGGCAUUAACACCAAGUGCACUUGUAUCCGAUCCUAUGAUGAUGAGCCACUCUUUUAAUCGACCGCCCGCCACACCUCCAUCACCACUCAAGAAUAAGAAGAAGAUGCAACAAAAGGGCCACAUUUAUUGUUAUACUUUGACCAACUAUAUCGAUACCAAGGCCCAAGAUCAGCUGGUAAUCCAUAUUCAAAAUGAACCCGGUACAGAGUACAAAAAGGUUAAGAUAAGCCGAUCACCGUUCAUCUUAAUUAAGAUUGGAAGAACUACUAAACCCGUUAAAACUCGUCUAAAACAAUGGGAAGCACAUUGUAAACAUGAACUCACGUGCUUAACUCCAUUCAAUCAUCGAGAACUUCUACACCAACAUGGCAUCAAGGGAACCAUGAAGAAUUUGUUAAGUGCUAUGGAAAGAGUAGCCCUUAAUGACAACUUCAUAGCCUCUAAGUUCCCCACGUUUCAAGACGAUGGGUUCUACUGUGAGUCACAUCUUGAUGACAUUGAAAAGGAAAUACACAGACAACUCAGAGAUCGUUAUGGACAAAGCAAGGUGUUCUGCAAAGGUUGUUACGAAGAGAACGUUGCAACAGUUGGCGCUACCGCUGCCAAUGCAAUUACAAUUGAUGCUAUUAAAGCAGCCAACGUUCAUGUUGAAUGGUUCUUGGUUCCCAAAAUAGAAAUGGCAAGAGUAUUCAGAAUAAUCCAUAAGAUAGUCAAACAAACAGGAGGUUAA